AUGCCGACCUCACUCCCAGAUCCCGUCUUGGCGCUGUCCAUGGACAAUGUGCUCAAGAUGAACGAUCUCAAUCUGGAUCAACUCGCCAACCUUUGGAACGUCUUCACCAAAUGCGCAGAAUCCCUCGAGUCCGGUCGACGUCUCGAGAACCUCUCCUGGCGUCUGUGGUUCCGCGAGGCGCAUAUUCUCCCACCAGAAACCUCGCUCUCAGAUCUCACCGACUUUACUCCGCUCGACACUCCGCUCAUCAGCCGUGCCAACAGCAUCACGGGUAGCUACAAGCCUGUGCGCCUCUCGUCCACUACAACUGCUGCUGCUACUGCUGCUGCAGCUCAUUCGAGCAGCGCCCUCUCGGAUCCUGAAGAUGGCAAUAGCUCCGACUACUCUACCGACAGCGAAAGCGACGUGGCCUCCUCCAGCACCGCACCGGCCCCAUCAGCGCCCGUAUCCUCUCCCGUAAGGAGACGAGUCAGACUGGAUCGAAACAGCAGGCCGUCCACGCCAGUCUCAUCGAGCGCGGCCUCCGUCGGUCCUUCUACAGCUUCUGCCAAGUCUCCGCGUGCGGUUCCAUCCCAGAAGCUCGCAGAGAGCAUCGCAGAGCGCACCAGUCGUGCUAUGACCGCAGCCUCGCGCCGAGCCAACCUUGCUGAGAUCGACGCUGACGGAUCCAAGCGUAAGCGCGGCAUCUCAUCCUCUUCCGCUUUUGGAAGCAAGGCUCGCGUCAAGCAGCGCAACCAGGAGGGGGCAUCACGUCGUCGUCCGCUUAGCUUCCAAGCAGCACUCGAGAGCCUCGUUCUCACCAGUCGUGCCGACAACUUUGCUUCGCUUCGUGGCAAGCAGGGUAGCAUGCCUCAGCUCGAUGCACACAUGAAUGCGAGCACCGGUGCGUUGGAUGCUCCUCGUGGUCGCUACAGCCACAACAACCAGCCUGACGACGCCGAAAGCAACAGCGCCCCUGCUGAGCUGAGCCCAAUCAAGGGCUCGAGCAUCGCCCAGGCAGCUUUUUCGUCGCACCUGCGCAAUGCCCUCGAGCCGUCUACUGUCAACGUGUCAACUACUCCCGUCUCCCUUCAGACGUUCCGAGUUCCUGUAGACGAUGAACACUGCAAUGCACCCGAGACGCGCGGCCCUGUUUCGCCGACCAAGAUCCCAGUGGCUUUGGCGCCUACCAUUGGGGCCAUCUCCCGACAAGGAUCACAGACGAUGCUUUCUGAUGCAGCUAAUGUCAGCCACCUGCAAGCUGCGUCUGCGUCUGCAUCUGCAUUUGCCUCUACUCCUCGUCACACCGAGACAACGGAUGCUGAGGCGGUGGAAGCGUACUCUUCGUCGCAGCAGCUCAUGCCACCUCCUCGAGGCCUUCCUGAGCCGACUCCGGCCGCAUCUUCAUUGAAGCAACAAGCUCAGGCUAAGCGAGGAACACCUUCGCCAGUCCAGCCCGAAGCGGCACCUGUGCAGUCACAUGGUGACGCUCGCGCAUCGCUCGGCAUGAUGCGUUCCGACUCCGCUUCCAGUGCCUCGACACAGACGUCGAAUCGAUCAGCAGCCAGCGGUCCUGGUGUCCGCCGCACCAGCGAAGCCCGUAUCAGGACCAGAGGCUCUGCUGGAGGUCUUCAUGCCGGGCACCGAUCCAAGUCUUCGACGGGCCUGCAGCGCGCCGCCAAACACAGCAAGAGCUCGGACAGGAUUGGCGGCGCACCGGCUCGACCCGCGCCACGCCACAACCUGCUAUCCGGGUUGGCCAUGACGCGAGCCGCACCCGAACCCGCACCAGCCCCCACGCACGCCGUGGCACGCAAGCCUGUACCGCAAGAGCAUCCGGCCACUAAGGCACCUGCAACCACGGUCAGAAAGGCGCCGGUCAAAUUCACCAUGGGUGGUGACGAGACCGACUCAGAGGACUACGAAGACGAGAGCAGCGACGAUGCCGACGAAGUCAAGGCAGCGCCUGCUCCAGCCAAGUCCGAGGCUGCUACAGCACACACGUCGAAACAGGAUGCCGACAAGGUCGAGGUUGCCGACAACGACGACGAUGACGACGAGUGGGCUAGCGACAGCGAAGCGGAGGAGCAAGAGCGUCGAGCCCGCCAAGCUGCCGAGGCCGCGCAGCGCAAGCGACAAGAAGAAGAGCGACAUAAGAGCAUGUUCCAAAAGCAACCUAUCCGCUCCAAGUCGGCCGCCGAUCUUCGUCUGCUUGCCCCCGACGAGAACAGCAGCACCGAACCAAGCCUACCUGCCGAGCCUGUCCGUGGCCUGCUGAGUUCACUCUUCCACCCCGACGAGCAGCACUCUCCUCCUGGUCAAUUAGCAGGCCGACCUCAUGCCUCAGCCGCAGACCUGAGGACUAAACCUUCCAUGUCGUCGCGACGCGGGCUUUCCGAGGCAGCUGCUUCACCGCCAGCUGUGCGCCGCCCUCGCGCUCACCGUGGCAGCAACGACAGCACCAGCCAGGCGCCUCGCUCGUUGCGUGAAGGCGGAUUUGCGGGCCUGGCGGGGCUCAAGACGAGCAAGAGCGCCGUGGCUCUGCCCUUGCUCGACACGCAUAUAACACGCUCUUCGACCGGAGGCAAAGCCAAGCACGAGGAGCAGAGCGUCGCCGGCGAAAGCCACCACUCGGACGGCAGCGCAAGCAGUCCCGACUCGCCCGUCGCAGCUGCCUCGUUCGGCCGACCCGGUAGCAUGGCCUUGGCUCGUCUGCAUGCACUGACAAACAUGAAGGCGCACUCGAAGCGCAACUCGACCUCGAACGGCACCGCGAAUGAGCCAGCGCAGACGCAGCUGCAGCGUCCAAAGUCAACUGCUGACGUGCAGCUGGAUCGUGAAGCUUCGUCGCGUUCGCUGCGUCUCGAAGUGAGUCCGGACGAUCGCGACUUCGCGAUCCCUUCGCGCGCUUCCCUCACCAACCUGUCCAAGAGUCAGCCUCGUCAGUCGGCGCCCUCGCUGGCUUCGCGUCAUUCCGAUCAGCAGACACACUUGCGCGCCGUAGCGCAGCGAGACGCACUCGGCUCGGGCUCGCGUUCCAACAGCGAAGGCCUUCCCUCAGGUCACAGCUCGAUGCAACAGAGCGGAACCCGCAGCAGCAUGAAUGGACCCGUCUCGAUCUCGCGUCCUCGCUCGUCGCUCAACCUGCCCGAGGCAGCGGCUCCCCAGACGCCGCGCACAACACGUCGCAACAUGCUUCGCGACGAGCUCUCGGAGUCGCUCCGCCAGAACCUGCUGUGGGAGCGUCAAAGCCGCUCGAGGAUGAUGGGCCUGGGUGCUCCCAUGGCUCCCCUCAACCAAGCGCCGGUGCAGACUUCUGCGCCCGGUCAUCGCCGAGACAGUGUGCUCAAUGGCAACGCACUACGACCGCUGACCAGCACCGGCACGCCCAGGACCGAUUCGCGAAACGGAGGCGAACCCAAGCCGAAGCGAUACUCGGAAGAGUGGGGCAGCUUCCACCACAAGGGCUGGUGA